AUGGUUUUUAAGAGAUUUAAACUUUUUAACAAUAAAAUUCUGUCCAAGCAUUUGUUUGAAAGGGCAAAGACGUCAAGAUCAUGUUCUCGCUGGAGCCCCAGAAUAGGUCAGAAUAAUGAACUUGACUGGCGCGACGUUUUAACGGAAGCUGAACAGAUAGUUGGUUAUCCAACAUCCUUCCUUAACCUGCGAUGGCUCUUUAAUGACGAGAUAGCCAGUACAGCUAUACAUCUCAGGAAACUGGUGGGGACUAACCAUCCCUUAUUAAAGUCAGCGAAAAACCUCCUUAUUGGUUCAAAAAGCAACCUUCAAUCUGUCGGUCUUAUCAUUCUUCUGGUGUCCAAAGCUGCCGGAUUAGACUUUCAGUGCCAUACAAAAGAUCAGUAUUCCUCGGGGGUUUUACAUUCACAAAGAGCUCUGGCUGAGAUUGUGGAGAUGAAAAGAACUGGUCACUUGGUUCACAAAACCAUGGUUAAUUUAAUGGAGAAAGAGAAAUAUGGGGAUAAGUACAAGGAUUUUCUGUAUGGCAAUAAAAUUGUUUUACUUACUGGUGACUAUCUCCUAGCGAGCUGUUUAAAGAACUUGGGUGGUUUAUACAAUAACGAUGUGACUGAACUCAUUUCCACUGGUCUCCGUGACCUUGUUGAGGGAGACUUCCUGGGUGACUUUGAUGAUGACAAUAACCCUCUGCCAAGUAGGCCAACAGUUUGUAAUAAUGUCAAAAACUAUCAAUGGCAAAUAGAGAACAACCUUAGUACACUUGGCUCAAACGAGUUUCUUGGCCAAGGCAAGAAUGAAUGGCUUUUAAGAACAAUGCUUACAUCUGGCAGCCUACUUGGCAAGGGUUGCCAAGGAGCCAUGAAGCUGGCAAAUAGGGGGGAGAAGAUAGAAAAAAAUGCCUAUAUACUUGGCGGUCACUUGGCAAUCAUUUGGCAACUUUAUUUAGACGUUAAGGAUUUCUUUACCUAUCCAUAUUCCUAUUCGUUAGUGGGGGCUCCAGUUAUACUAGCAAUAUGGGAGUACCCAACAGUUUACAGCUUUAUAAUCGAGGCUAAAUUAGAGAAGAGGCCAGUAGAAUAUAAGCAAUUGUAUUACGCAGUCAGAGCUACUCGGGCUUUGGAUUACUUGACGAUAUUUUUGGAAGAAGAAAUGGCGGCAAUCAUGGAACACAGUGACAAAUUCCCAGUUGAAGAUGCAAGAGUUGCUAUCCAGAAGAUGGCGUUAACAGUUCGCACUGAAACUUUACAAUAUAUGGAG